CUCCUUCACCCAAACUUUGCCCCCGCUGAGCUCCGACGCGAUGGCCGCCGCUCCUCUCGCGACUCUCGGGGAAGUUGGAGGCGUCCUGCACGGCAUCGACGGCGUCGUUCACGUCGGGGCCCAUUUCUUCCUGACGCCACCUGGGGACGGGCCGACACCGCGCGGGGAGCACCUCCUACCUUUCCCCAGGUACGAGGUGCCGGAUCUGCCGCACCUGAAGGGGAUCCUCAGGAGGAGGCAGCUGUACUGCAGGACUGGCUUUCAUCUGGAAAUACUUCCGGAUGGCACGGUGCAGGGCACGAGGAAGGACCACAGUCGUUUUGGUAUUCUGGAGUUUAUCAGCCUUGCUGUUGGCUUGAUCAGCAUUAAAGGAGUGGACAGUGGGCUCUACCUGGGGAUGAACGACAAAGGAGAGUUGUAUGGCUCUAAAACGCUGUCAGCAGAAUGUGUCUUCAGGGAACACUUUGAGGAGAACUGGUACAAUACCUACUCGUCCAACCUCUACAAACACGGAGACAAAGGGGCACGUUAUUUUGUGGCAUUAAAUAAGGAUGGAACACCGAGGGAUGGGACUAAGUCCAGGAGGCACCAGAAAUUUACGCACUUCUUGCCCAGGCCUGUGGACCCAGAGCGGGUGCCUGAGCUGUACAGGGACAUCCUGGGGCACAGCUGAGGUGCAGCAGCUCGGUGGCCCAGGAAUCAGGAGCAGCUGCUUUGUUUCAAAGAAAGAGAGAGAAAAAACAAAAAACAAAACGCCCCAACAUGCAGGGGAGCAGACCCAGAGAGGAAGCCGGGACGAGGCCAGUGCAGGAUGGUGGGACAGCAGCCCCACCAGCGGGGGGAUAAAGGCACCGGCAGGGGCCUCUUUGGAGGAAUGCACGGAGCCAUCUCUCAGCAGUCACGAAGACGAGGCUAGAAUGUCUCGGCAUGAGGGGCUCGUUUGUUUCAGAAGAUCGGGCGACCCACAAACGUACCUGGAGACAAAUGGGGCGGGGGGGAAACCAAGCUGAUUGGUCUCCUCUGUUGUCUGCAGGACAGAGACAUCAGCUGGCGUCCAACUGGAUGGAAUCAAAAGAUUUGACUUGGAUGUCUUGAGAGUUUAACAAGACCUGAAGGAAUUCAGGGUCGUUGGUUUUACUUGUGUGGAGAGCUUUGGAAAAGAAAGCAUGUAACAGUUUUAUUUAUUCAUUUUUAGAUCAACAUAUUUAUGGUAUAUAUUUAUUUAUUUGAGGUUAUAUUUUUACACAUAGAAUCAUGCAGUAUCAACUAUAUAAACACUGAGUUGCUGUAUUUUAUGCUCUUUUCAGAAGAAUCAGAUUACCCGUUAAAACAGUGUAACCUGACCUAAAAUAUACACUUUUAUUAAAAAAAAUCUCUGAAUCUAACAUGUAUUUUAUCACAAUAUGGCAACUGUGAUUCAUUUUUAUUUGUUUUUGUCUUUUUAAAUUCAAUAACUGUGGCCAAACUGCUGGUAAAAUGUCUUAUAAACCAAUUUGAAGUAAACAAACUAUUAAAAAAUUA